CCAAAAGAAUACUCCAUAAAGGAAGGGUGAUGGGAGCCAACCAUACACCAAAUAAUAAAUAAUAAUAUCGGGCCAUACCGAGUGUCGGGCCAUACCGACGGAAUUCCUGCGCAUAAUAUGAAUGAAAAAAUGUCUUGUAUCAUUAGUAGGAGAUUAAGCUUUCCGGCAAGUCUCCCCCCACUGUUCAUACUCAAGGUAUAUACGUUCCAAGAGUUUUGAAGCUUGUUCUGGUUGCACUUUACGUUUAUUAAUAUUUUAUUAAAGGCGAACUCAAGACUCAACAACAUACACACAUACAAUUAAUAAACAACAACCAAAACAAUCUUAUUUUAAUGCUUUAGGACUUGUGAUCAACAAAGCAAGACAUUGUGAAAUUACUACCAGGUUCCUCCUCACAAAAGUGAGACUCCACAUCAUGCCCAUUAACAUGAGGGUUGUGCCCUUGCACGACAAAUCCUAAUUCAUUUCAUGUAAUAUUCCCAACUGAACCCUACAUGUGCGGUGGCUUACGUGAGCUAACCCUUCACAUGUGGUAAAAAUAAGUAGUACAACAUGGUACGAAUAAUUGGAUCAAAAGUAUGCUAUACAUCCCAUACAAUAGCAUAAUAAUAAAUAAUCCAUCCCUUCCAUGUGAAAACAACCCAUACAUGCAUAAAUAUUGAACAACAUGAUGGAUAAUGAACACUAGUGGAAAAAACCCCUAUUGUAGCCCCCUUGUUGAGGGGGGCAUACAUAAGCGCGCCUCAAUAACCACUUAGUCAACGCGGGUCAAACAUUUUACUAACAGGUUGAGGGGGGCUUUUCUGGUGUUCGCUUCUAUAGAGGUUGUUGAAGGGGGCUUUUAAUUGCCCCCCUCAAUAGACAAUAGCUAAAGGGGCGGGCUUUUGUUUGUUCUCUUCAACAGGGCUUCACAACAUUUAAUUCAAUUAAAACUUCUCACCGCCAAACCUUCUCACCCUAAACCUUCUAUUCCAACGCAACGGAUUGAAGGCGAUCGAGUUCGCAGCUCUCCUCACCGCGCGGCUCCACCGCCACCAUCACCACCACCACCUUCCUCACCGCGCGGCUCCACCACCACCAUCUGAAGGCGAGUUGCCCCCGACCGUCGUCUUUCCUACCACCGCGCGACUCUGUUUCACAUAAUCUGUCAAGAUCCUGCAGAACUUUCCACUACUGUUUUAGGGAUUGGUAAUAACUAUUAGUUGGGACAAGUUUUCUUCUUCACACUCAAGCUGUGCUUUCUUCGCAAACCUGGAGGACUAUACAGUGUAAAUAAAUCUGUUACCCCACCUUUUACACAAGGACCGUAGCUAGCAUGGAUGAUCAUCGUGAUAAUGAAAUACAGGGAAUUGAUGGAGCUAGUCAUCCUACGGGGGAAUCACAAGGUACCAACACUAGUAAAAAGACCAAAUUCCAUGGUCCGUCAAAAGGAGUUUAAGCCAAAAAGCCCAUGUAUCUUCAGUAUAAUCAAUAUGGAAUCCCCGAUGGAGAAUACGGGAAGCAAGUUGGGUCUUGUGCUGCUAGAAUUAACAUUAAUGUGAAAGAAUAUUCAACGUUAGAUGAACACACAAAGAAAGGGUUUUGGGAGGAGACCAAGCUUAUGUUCCACAUUAUUGAUGAUCCGGCUAAAAGGAGAGAAAAAUAUUUUCAUAUGUGUGUGGCGAAACGCUUUGGAGCUUUCAAGUCCCGGUUAACGCGGCGUUGGAUAACUAAGAAAGAAAAAAUGCCGAAACAUCAGACAAAUGACAUGCCUUGGGACAUCUACCAUCAAAUCACAGAGGAUGAUUGGAAAACAUUUGUGAUGGAACGAAACAAGCCGGAGAUGUUGGUUCGUAGAGAAAAAGCAAGUAAAAGUGCAUUACAAAACAAGCACCCACAUCGCACAGGCCAAAAGGGUUAUGUUAGAAAGAGACCAGAGUGGAUAAAUGAUGGGCGACUACCGCCAGAGGCAGCUUUAACCCUCUCAAGUGGCUCCUCCUCAGUGACCUCAUCACUCACCACAGCGCCAGAUAGAUUUAAGAAGUUUAGAUCAGUAGAGUGGAUCUUGGCUCAUCAAGUUAAAAACAAAGAGGGAAAGUGGGAAGUUAACCCGAAUGAUAAGGAAGCCGUAAAUAUUGCUAAGAUGGUUUUGGAGUACAUAGAAGAAGAGGGAAAAGGAAAUAUUUCUUUCACCCAGGGAGAAAAUGCCCUCACCAAGGCUAUGGGAAAAAAGGAUCACCGUGGGCGUGUCAAGGCAACAGGUGGAGUUAAUGUCGGUUACAAAGUUGCUUUCGGUCCAAUAGACCAAAGUAGUAGAUGUGGCCAUAUUGAACCAUCACUGGAGGCAGUCGAAUCAAUCAGAGCUUCGAUGAGAAGGGAGUUUGAAGAUCAAUUAGAGAGAAAGGUGGCGGAGGCCCUCCAAAAGCAACUAGCCACAUUGAAAGCAACCAGUCAACUAAACACCCGUGCACUCGUAACCUCUUGUCCGAGUUCAUCGCAGCAACCACGCGAGUUGAAGGCCAUAACUCCCUGUCGUCUUGCCCUUGAGGAUAAAGUUUUGGGUAACAAAUUGAUAGUGGCAGAUGGUAUGGCGUACCCAUUGGAUGGUUCGUUGCACCAACACUUUAGAUCGAUGAAGCCUAGUCAUUAUAAGGUCCAAGUUGAUUGUAUUUACGACGGACAUGAUGAUGACACUCUUCCGGUACCUACUGGAGAUGGAUUCAAUAACUUAGGCAGGGCUCUUGCUAGUUUUGUGCAAUGGCCAAUUCACUUGGUGAUUUUCGAAGAAGACGAGGACUCUACUCCACGCCCAACAAAGAAGUCCAGGAGUAAAAUUUGUGAAGAGGUGGUUGGUAGCUCCAAAGAGAAGAAAAACGAAUUAAUUGUCAAAGAGAAGACAACAGAAUUAGUUGUCAAAGAUAAGACAACAACAUUAGCGGCCAAAGAGAAGGCAACACUUGAUUUAGGGUCCAAAGAGAAGACAACACUGAAGUUAACGACCAAGGAAAAUUCAUGCUCAAAUAAGUUGGAGUCGAAAUCGAAAUCUAAGAACUCUAAGAAAUCCAAAGAGAUGGUAGGUAGUUGUGAUCGUAAAACUGAAGAAUCGGCGGCCAAAAGUAAGAAGCAAACUUUGGCAGACAACACAAUUCAAGGUCUUGGCCCAUCAUGCAAUUAUUUGAAGUUUAUCAUCACUACGGUGCCCGGUGAAGUAUAUAAAAAUACUUCAAUCUCAUUGCCCGCUUCGGUUUGGCAUUAUGACGAAGAUCGAAAAACUUAUGUACUUGAGGUUGACGUUGAAGAGUUCCUUAGAGGGGCCUGCCUCAACAUUUCAGUGAUCCAAGUCUAUAUGAUGUGUUUACUCCACGAGCACACCUUUGCAUUUGACAACUCUCAGAUUGGGUUUGUUUGUCCCGAGGCGAUGUCAAACUCUAGAUGCAAGGCCAACCCUCAUGUUGUAUCAAUGUAUUUGAAAGUAGUUUUCGAUGCUGAAAUUGAAAAGGAGAAGAAGGGUGAUUCUAACAUUACCAAGUGGUUUUUGAUCCCAUACCAUUAAGAAAAUCAUUGGAUUUUGUACGUGUUAGACCUACGUAGAGGUUGUGCAUAUAUUUUCGACUCUGCGAAAGGUUCCAAACGAGAAAAUAAUGUAUGGGGAAUCUUGUGUUUGGCAUACCAAGUGUACAAGUUUAAUAAUGGAAUUUGUCCAAAUAGAGCGACUACGCAGGGGUUGAAAGGCUACCCUAUAAAGUGUGCUCUACAAGUCGGCGCCCGCGAGUGUGGCUAUUACGUUAUGAAGUUCAUGCAUGAAAUAGUCACGUUACACCAUAACUCCGAUGAGCGGUUAGAUAUUGCUUACACUCCAAGAAAUGCGCCUUAUACCGAUGAGGAAAUAGAUGUGGUUCGUGAGCAAUGGGCUAAGUUUUUUACAACCGAGUAUUUAUUUACUUAGGUUGUUUAGACACAAAGAUGGAAGCGUUUAUAUCUUCAUGGAUUUGGCUAGGGAUCGAGUCGAUUGGAAGAAAGUCAACACGACCUUAAUUAAGGUUUGUAAUGCAUGAUCUAAAGGGACCUAGCUAAGUGGCUGGAUUAGAGAAAUUUGUUAGAUUAGCUCUCUAGCCUUUUGUCUUUAGUUGUUAAUAUUAGUUGUAAUUUGUUAGACUAGCUAGGUGUUUAAAAAUUGUAAACGUACGUACUAUAUAUACGCUUUGCUCUGUUGGGUUAAUAUAAAUGAAGUUAAUGUAA